UGGACAAAAAAGAUGGCUGUUGGAUUUAGGACUGCAAAACGUGUGAUUAACGCUGUUAUUGAUGCUCAAUACCUCGCUAAUAAUGUAAUAUUUAUGAAUAAUGAUGUUGUGGCUUUGAACAAGCCUUAUGGGAUUCCUGUUCAUGGCGGACCAGGUAUCCCAAACAGCAUAUCAGACUAUCUAGAAGAACUAGCCACCCUUAAGGGUUUAAAUUGUAAACUUGAACUGGCACAYCGAUUAGACAGAGACUGCACAGGUKUUUUAUUGCUGACCAGAAACAGGUCUUCUGCACAAAGAAUAUCAGAAAUGUUUCACAAUGGGCAGAUUMGAAAGAAAUACUGGGCUAUAACUGUUGGAGUGCCUAGGUUUGAAAGUGGCAAGAUUAGUAUUCCUGUUGGCUAUGGAAGRGUUGGAACAUGGAACCGUAUUGUUCUUAGAAAAGAUCUCAUUAAUAAAUCUUCACAGACAAUCAAAUCUGCUGGUUUUAAAGAUGCUAUUACUAAAUACACUGUGUUGGAUAACAAUCAAAAGACUUGUUCACUGUGUGAAAUAAAGCCUGCAACAGGCUAUAAACAGCAGAUAAGGGUCCAUUUGGCUGAUGGUCUAMGCUGCCCUAUACUUGGAGACCAUAAAUUUUCUUCCAUUCAACCUCAGCCUCAGGAACUCCCAUUAAGAUUCCUCCAAUURCUACAAAUUAAAGGAGUGAAAAGAAAUGGGGAUAAACAUGAGAARGGACAUAUUCGACCUUGGCAGAGAGGAUUGAUACCACUUCAUCUCCAUGCCAGAGAAGUGGUKUUGCCUGGACUCAAUUCUGGAAAAGAYAUAGUUAUUACUGCACCAGUUCCCCAAUUCUUUGAAGAUACAUUACAAAAACUAAAUUUACACCCAAARAGAGACUCAYUGAUCCAGUCUAGGGAAGAAGCUCAAUAUUACAAACUUCGCAGACUUGGAAAAUCUUCUAAAAAGUUUAUUGGAUUUUAAUAUUUUGAUAGUAUCUUUUAGAGCAAACCCAGAACACUGACUAGAUGGUUAUCUAUUUAAAAUAAAAAAUAUUACUUUUCAAUGCUACUGAGGGAUCUUCUGUUUUUUGUUUGUUUGUUUGUUAAUAUUUUUUUU